GGAAGGGUCGCGGUGCGCAGGCGCGUCAACGGUCCUUAUCGGAGUGCGCGCAGUCUGAUCAUCUGUCAGAAGGGCUUGCGGCUUAGCGCCUAGAUCUUGGCUGAACCACACUCCUGGCUGUGCGGGCGCCUGCCCGGGCAAGGAUCCUUCGCGACCCUUGGCCCAUUUCUCUGUCGACACUGGGAAUAGAUCUCUCUCGAACAACUGGACUGGUCCUGGAAAGGCGACAAGAUAUUCAAGACCCUUUCAUCUCCCUUUCAGUGGACUCCGAACCCAGCAACUGCGGCUUCCGCCGUUGACAGUUCUGCCAGGUGUUUAUCACACUGAAAAAUGGCUACCACCUACCCUGGACAGGAUCGGGUAGUUGCUUUAGUGGACAUGGACUGUUUUUUUGUUCAAGUGGAGCAGCGGCAGAAUCCUCAUUUGAGGAAUAAACCUUGUGCAGUUGCACAGUACAGAUCAUGGAAGGGUGGUGGGAUAAUUGCAGUAAGUUAUGAAGCUCGUGCUUUCGGAGUUGCUAGAAGCAUGUGGGCAGAUGAUGCUAAGAAGUUAUGUCCAGAUCUUCUCCUGGUACAAGUUCAUGAGUCCCGUGGGAAAGCUGACCUCACAAAGUACCGGGAAGCCAGUGUUGAAGUGAUGGAGGUAAUGUCUCGUUUUGCUGGGAUUGAACGUGCAAGCAUCGACGAGGCUUUUAUAGAUCUGACCAGUGCUGUACGAGAGAGACUACAGAAGCUACAAGGUCAGCCUAUCUCAGCAGACUUGUUGCCAAGCACCUACAUUGAAGGGCUGCCCCAAGGCUAUACAACAACAGAAGGGACUGUUCGGAAAGAGGAGAUGCGAAAACAAGGCUUAUUUCAGUGGCUUGAUUCUCUUCCGAUUGAUAACACCGCCUCUCCCGACCUGCAGCUCACCAUGGGAGCUGUGAUUGUGGAGGAAGUGAGAGCAGCCAUAGAGAGGCAGACAGGAUUUCAAUGUUCCGCUGGAAUUUCACACAAUAAGGUCUUGGCAAAGCUGGCCUGUGGACUAAACAAGCCCAACAGCCAGACCCUGGUCUCACAUGGCUCAGUCCCACAGCUCUUCAGCCAAAUGCCUAUUACCAAAGUUCGUAAUCUUGGAGGAAAGCUAGGGGCCUCUGUUGUUGGAAUCCUGGGGAUAGAAUAUAUGGGUGAACUGACCCAAUUCACCGAAUCCCAGCUCCAGAGUCAUUUUGGGGAGAAGAAUGGGUCUUGGCUGUAUGCCGUGUGCCGAGGGAUUGAACAUGAUCCAGUUAAACCCAGGCAACUACCUAAAACCAUCGGCUGUGGCAAGAACUUCCCCGGAAAAACGGCCCUGGUUACUCGGGAACAGGUACAGUGGUGGCUUUUGCAAUUAGCCCAGGAACUAGAGGAGAGACUGACCAAGGACCGAAAUGAUAAUGACAGGAUGGCCACCCAGUUGACUGUGACCAUUCGUGUACAAGGAGACAAACGUCUCAGCAGCCUGCGCCGCUGUUGUGCCCUUACCCACUAUGAUGCUCACAAGAUGAGCCAUGAUGCAUUUGCUGUCCUCAGGAACUGUAAUACUUCUGGAAUACAGACUGAAUGGUCCCCUCCCCUCACAAUGCUUUUCCUCUCUGCUACCAAAUUCUAUGCCUCUGGCCCUUCAUCUUGCCCAGACAUCACCGUCUUCUUGAGCAAUGACCCAAGUUCUCUGCCAAAGGUGCCAGUUACCAGUUCAGAAGCUAAGACCCAGGGAAGUGGCCCAUCAGUGACAACCACCAAGAAAGCAACCAGUUCUCUGGAAUCAUUCUUCCAAAAAGCUGCAGAAAAGCAGAAAGUCAAAGAUGCUUCACUUUCAUCUCUUACUGCCACUACCCAGGCCCCCAUGACCAAUUCACCAUCUAAACCCUCACUGCCUUUCCAAACUAGUCAUACUAAAGGAAUUGGGCCCUUCCUUAAACAGCAAAGUCUGGAAGCCCUAAAGCAGAGACAGCUUAAUAAUCCUUCAAUUUCCUUUCCUCUACAAAAUCCAUGGUCCAGCCCUAAAGGAUUACCAAACCAUUUUCUGACAGAGAAUCCAGAUUGUGCUCAUGCUUGUGAAGAGACGCUGAAACCAGAAUCAUCUAAAGCAACUCCUGCCGAGAUGGCUUUGGCCCCAAGCAGCCCAAGCAGGCUUGCUUCUUUAUCCUCCAGGUCUGCUUUGGAUGUGGCUCAAAAGGCAGCUACUACAUGUACUCCAGGUUUUCUGGAUGCUGAAGACCAAGUGCCCUGUGAGAGGUGUGGCUCCCUGGUACCAGUGUGGGAGAUGCCAGAACAUAUGGACUAUCAUUUUGCAUUGGAGUUGCAGAAAUCCUUUUUGCAGCCCUACUCCCGAAAGCCCCAGGUUGUUCCUGCCACUUCUCCUCAAAGCAAAAGAAAUCCCAAGAGCCCUUUGGCCUCCAGUAACAAACGGCCUAGGCCUGAGGGCAUGCAGACAUUGGAAUCUUUUUUUAAACCAUUAACACACUAGGGCUGCCCUCAGGCUUGCUGCAGGGUGUUAAUAUUUUA